AUGAAAGUCGACGACGCGGGGACUGUGGGGCAGGGUCUACACUCAAAGCCCUUAAGAUGGGCCUUCGGGGUUCGCCAAGACAUUGAACCCAAGGGACCAGGGCUAUCCGACAUAGACCUCAAGUUCACAGGCUGCGGUUCCCAACUGCUGGAGAGCAAAACUCGGGAGAAGGCCUAUAACUCCUUCCAGAAAUCGCUGGGGUCAAAAUCUGGAGAAUACGGUGGAUGCGGAAGCAAAAGCCCAAUUUAUGGAAGUUUCAUUGACUUGAUGAAAUGGUUUUUCUGCCAUUUUCCGUCCAAUAACGGGGAAAGAGACGUGCACUCAGCUAUGUCUCCAUCACCAUCAAAUGGCAUCACCCAAUAG